CUUUUCUGGUUGACCGUAGUUGACCUCUGUGCUGCACUAUUUUCAUCAUGGCGGACCAAGGGGAGAUUGAGAAAUACAUGUACAGCGCACUAGACCUGACAGGUAAUGUGUCGAUGGUCAUGACGGUUGGUUGUGGUGCUGACCGCGAGGGCAUCAGAAGGCUCGCGCCGCUCUGGCCAAGGGGGAGGUCCCUGUAGGCUGCGUCAUGGUGUAUCAAGGACAGGUAGUAGCACAGGGACACAACAGAGUUAACGAGUCAAAAAAUGCCACAGUCCAUGCUGAGAUGGUAGCAGUUGGUCAGCUGCUGGAGUGGUGUAUGAAGGUCGGGCUGGAUAAGAACGAGGUGCUGCCCAUUGUGCAGCUGUAUGUGACAUGCGAGCCCUGCAUCAUGUGUGCUGGGGCACUCAGACUGCUCAACAUCCCCACGGUGUGGUACGGGUGCCCCAACCCCCGCUUCGGGGGGUGCGGCUCGGUACUCAGUGUGCAUUCAGACAGGCUAGAGUCGUAUGGACAGCAGUUUAAGUGUAUUGGUGGCAUCUUUGCUGAGCCGUGUGCAGCCUUACUAAAACAGUUCUAUGGACAACAGAACCCAAAUGCCCCGAAUCCUAAGAAGAAGUCAGAGGGAAGAAGCACAGGGCUGGGAGGGAACCUCGCUAGUAAUUUUGGCAGUGCGUUUGGCGGAUCGGGGGAUGGUUCAGAGUACUAUGCAGCUGGGUAUGGCUACACUGAGUUCUAGAUCUGGCAGACUCCUUCCCCUAUUUGCAAUAUAGUUCUUUCCCUUGCCAUCUACUGCUGCCAUAUAUAAUACAGGAUUCCACAGACAUAGGAAAAGGCCUUUUCAUAGUUCGUGUAUGCACAUAGUGACUGUAUCACAUGUACCUCCCCUUUGUACUGUAAAUGCCCUUACGUUCACUUGGAAUUAAUUUUUCAGUUGGGAGAAAAUUUCGCAGUUGAAACAUUGGUGGGAGCAGGGUAAGAAGACGGAACAAGCAUUUUUCUUUUUUUUUCUUGGUUUUAAGUUCACUGCAAAACCUGCAAAGUUAUAUAAUUUCACUGUGAAAAUUUUAACAUCUACAGUAUCACCAUCCUUGUUCUUUGCUUACUAUAUGGAAGGAAGCUAGAAAAAGAAGUUAGUAUAUAUGGGAGAAUAAUAUUGAUAGAUACUAGAAAUUUUGUUGUUGUUGGCAAUGUCAUUAGAGAAUGUGAGGAGAAAGAAAUUGAUAAAGGUCUUGAUGAUGGAAAAAUUAACAAGUCUUGGAGUAUUCAAAGUCUUGAACAAGAAAUUCGAAUGUCUUAAAAUGUUUCUUGAAGACGCAAUAUAAACACUAUGCCUGUAGUCUAACUGUGAAAAGGGUCUUACUACUAAAUAGAAUUUAGUUGAUAAUAUAUUAUUCUUAAAAAAAGAACUUAAGAUUAGGAUCUUAAUAGAGGACGGUAUCAGAGUGUCUCCGGGUUUGUUUUCCGAAAGUGUGAGUCAGUAGUGCAAUGUACAAGACGGAGUUUAAGUAACCAGGAUAUCUAUGAAAGGAAGAAAACGCCUAAAAACUGUGAACUUUAUGAUGUGAAACUCUACAGAAGUUAAUGAUGUAGCAAACACAUUAACUAUACAGACAACAGACAGGAAAGUACCAGUGUACUACCACAUUGAUAUGCAGACUACAACUACAUUGUACAGGUCCCUUAUAAGAAUGGCCUUCCUCUAUCUAUAUCCAUUAGAAGGUAUCAAGCUAGACAAUAGAUACAAACAAUUAUAUCAGAGAUAGAAAACUGCAAGUUUCUUGAAGACGAACGAUAGAUGAAAUUUAGAAUUUGUAAUGUUUGUUUUUUGUGACGAGCAAGUGAUGUCCUAUCACGAAAAGGAAGCACUUUGUUUUUUCAAAUCACUUGUUUUCUAAGCAAAAACCACUGGAGAAAACGGCAAUGUAGGUUUCGAGGUGAAUCGUUGUGACUCUAAGCCUAUGUAUGCAAGACUUGUCUGGUUUGGAAAAAGUGAAUUCUAUUUUGUGAGAUGAAUAUAUCUCUCUACGGUAUUGGAAUACUUUAUUUUUAUGUAAGUAUCCAGAGAAACUAAAGAGCCUCAAUGUACUGAAGUAUUAUUCGGACUGUUUCAAAAGUGUUUUUGUUGCUUUAAUAGGCGUGAUUUGGGUUGGUUUGGAAGUUAUCAGGAAUGUUGCCAGAUUGAAAUUAGGUGAAAAUUGUGCUUUGAAGUGUUGGCUUUAAUAUUGGGUGAAUUCAAAUAACUACAAGAGAGAUUCGAGUCUCUGAAAAAGAAAUUCUACAAAGCCUUGUUUGUUCAAAUUAUAGGACUGGUGUGACCACCUGUAAUACAUGUAUAUGAUUUGAAUAGACUCUAAGUAAGUAAAUAAGAAAGAUAAAUUGAAGAAAUUACUGGUAAAGCUAGGUGGGUCAUAUGUGAUUAUGAGAGUAUAGUUUUUGUGCAAUUUGUUCUUUUACCCAAGUUGAUUUUGUCCAGCAGUGAAAGAUAUUUUUUUUACUUUUUGCAAUAAUUGUGCAAAUGUUCUACAUUAAAUUUUGAUAUGUAAUGUUUGUUCUUGAUGUGAUGAUACAUUAAGAUUCUGGCUUUUCUUUAGAAAUUAUAUAAAACCUAUAACUAUUUUUGGAUGAUGAAGAUGUCAUAGAUCACACAUUAGAUGAUCAUAUAUUAUAUAGUGAUAUGAAAUUUAUAUUAGUUUCUUUACUUAUUUCUUUUAUUAUACUAUUUUUGUUUUACAAAAUUUAUGUUUUCAAAUUUUGUACUUAAGUUCAAUUUAGUUCAAUGACAGUACUGCAGAGGUGUUUUAGACAGUCACAAAGUUCCAAUGUUUUGUUGCACUUUCUAUUUUUGUAACAGUAUAUAUAUGGAUAUGAUGUUAUAUAUACGUACCGCAAUAACUGGAGUGAUAGUAUAAUUGUGACUAUGGAACUUUUCUGUUAAAACUAUUAUAUUCAAGCCCCACCAAAUGUAGUUACUUGCUUUAUGGUCACACUUAACCAUAUGCACAUGUACUUUGAAUUUUAUAUUUUAUACAAUUUGGUACAGUUUAAGUAAUAAUGAGCACAGCAAAACUUGUAAUGUUGUGUAGUGCACAUUUAACAAUAGUUCUGGUAUGUGCAUGAAUUUUUUUCCAAAUUGCUAGUAAUUCUGACAAUUCAAAAUAAGACUACACCCAGUAUAAAACGAUUCUGUAGCCAUUUUUUGGGUAUAUUUUGUAUUAUGUAAUAUUUUACAUGAUUAUCUAACCUCCAUUGGCAUUAUUGCCUUUAUAUUUUGCAAGAAAUUAUUUAAGAUUUUUGCAAUUCUAUCCACUAAGCAAGUAAUUACAUUGUUAGGGGCUUUGGUAGGACAAUGUUUUGUUAAGAAAGUAUUGUUUGUUAUAAGUGAAAAAUGCCAAAAGGCUGUGUGCAAAUUGUGUAGGUUGCCAAAGCUGUGGAUAGUCAUUGGUCAAAACUGUACAUACAGAGUCAUAUGUAGUAUCACAGACUGACAGAUGUUGAUAAAUUGAUAUAUACUGGGUUCUUGUAGCUACACAGCCAAAGUGUAAACAGAAAAAUAAUGCACUUUGAUUGUGUAGCUAAGAACCCAGUAUAUAUGUACAUAGAGAGGUCCCUUAUUUUUGUGGAGAGAGAGAUCAGAAAGUUAUAUACAUGACUGGAGAGAGAUAUAGCUGAACACAUAUAUGUACAUGGAAAAGCUAAACUCCUAACGUGUGUACAGAGAGCAAUAUGGUCGAGUUUCAGGAAUGCUACAAAAAGUCUUGAAGAAAGUUGUAACAGAGUCAAAAAUAUAUAUUUAUGCAAGCGCAGUUGUCCCUAGAACGGUGAUCCCUCAAUUGGAAAAAGAAAAAAGUUGUAUACGGUUCAGGCUGGAAAGAAGAUUCUAGCAAAAGAUAAAAGCCUUUUGUUUGCCAUGUCUUGUGUUGAAGAAAGAAUGGUCUGAAAUACGAGAUGCGAUUCAUUAGAAGAUAGAAGGAAAGUUUAUGGAGUUUGGUGAAGAUUUGCAGUGCAAUAGAAUAAGCCGUUGAUAGGUUAUGUUAUGUUUAUUUAUCUACUGGUUAUUUAAGAGAAAGAUUGGUAUAUCAGACCAAGAACAAUAAAAAGCAAUGCAGUAUCAGUCUGAAA